CACACAGUGCACCAGUCUACCUGUACCUGACUCCUGUAGACAGAGGACACUAGGCUCAUCAGACAGCCAACAAUCAGGACGAUUACCAGACACUAUAGUGACCAUGUCCAAGGUGUCUGGCGACCUGUACGAUGACUCCGACUACAUCUGCUCCUAUGGGAUGAAACUCACCUGGGACAUCAAUGACCCCAAACUCCCGCAGGAUAUAAAGCAAUUUGACAGCUUCCAGGAAUGGACAGACGGCUAUGUGAGAUUCAUAUACACUGGAGAGGACAAAAAUGCCCAGCGCCACCUAAGUGGUUGGGCCAUGAGGAACACCAAUAACCACAACUGUCAGAUCCUGAAGAAGUCUUGUCUGGGUGUAGUGGUGUGCAGCAGGGGCUGUACAUUGCCGGAUGGGGGGAAACUGCAGCUCAGACCAGCUAUCUGCGACAAAGCAAGACAGAAGCAACAAAAAAAGCUGUGCAGUAACUGUAACUCUACUCUUGAGCUGAUCCCUUGUCGGGGUCACAGUGGUUAUCCAGUUACAAAUUUUUGGCGCCUAGAUGGAAAAGCCAUCUUCUUUCAGGCAAAAGGAGUUCAUGACCAUCCAAGACCAGAAAGUAAAUCAGAGACAGAAGCUAGACGAAGUGCUGUGAAAAGACAAAUGUCCUCCUCUCACCUGUCACAGAAAAAGAAGCUUUUGGAAUCCGAGGUGGGAAGAUACAAUGACAGUGGUGGACAUUUUCCUCAUCCCAUGUCUUGCUUAGAGGGAUCUGAACGCCUCAGUCUUGUUGCAGAUGGAAACUUUCCCCUAGCACCGCAACACUAUUCAUCAUUUCAGAAUUCCGAUCCCUACAAAGCCAACUAUGAUCCUGUGGGAUAUCAGGGGGAUUCUGUGGCACCAUUUCCAAAAUGUCCUAAUAGAAUAUAUGUGCCCAGAACUCCAUGCGGUUAUGAUUUUCAUGUCCCUGGAUACGUGACAUCCAAUUCAUACCCUCCACUGUAUAAAGAAGCAGUGAGUAGUUUGCCAGAUGGUGACAGAGUUCAGUUAAAUGGGCCUCAGCCUAAUUUUGGCAUGCUGAACGCACAUGAAAGGAGUUAUGAUGGCCCUGGUAAGCACAAUGGAUGGAAACAAAUAUUUUCUAAAAAUGGAUAUGUGGACAGAAAUGACUAUGCCCAAAUACAGCCAAAUACUGGUCACUCUUAUUACAGUGCUGAGUACCCAUGCAGAUAUGCAAGGUCACCAUCUCCAGCUUUACAAACCGUUAUUACAACAACUACAAAGGUUUCAUAUCAAGCAUACAAACCUCCUGUGGUUAAAUAUGCUGAAAAUCUCUGUGAUGCCAAAACUCUGCCAAACUAUUCCCACGUGCAAGACAACAUAUCAGAGGGCACCUUUAGUGACAUAAAAGCUCAAGAUGAUUUCACGGUCAUCAAAUCAGCUCUAGGCUACCAAGAACAAAUCCCAACAAAACCUGAGAGAGUGGACAACCUGGACUUUUAUCGAUAUGGUACAUGUAUGAGCAAUGGCUUCUCAGGUCAGCCCUAUCGGUAUGAAAAUGCAGAUUACUGAAAUACAGGCAAUAACAAAUUUAGUAUGAUCAAUAAACUUAGUUAAGAACAGUCCUUUUACGUUGACAUUAUUUAUGGAAUUAGGCCCUGACAAGCCAGUCCGACAGUAUACAGAUAACUGUGUUAUGUAGGUUUAUAUGUACCAAUUGACUAGAAGCUACAUGACUUAACAAAGUUAUAGACUGACACAAUGGCUGCUCU